AUGAGUGGAGGAUCUCAAGUUCACAUUUUUUUGGGUGCUCCAGUUGGUCCACUAAAAAUGACAGUAUCACAGGACACAACUUCUUUAAUGUCCACUGCUGACCCCUGGAAAAAAAUUCAUCUUUUGUGCGGUCAACAUUCUUUACGUCUGAGCGAUGAAAAACAUAAGCACAAAAAUCUUGAAGACCGUGAAGUCCAAGAAUCUAUUGGCCCUCCAGAUCUUCUUAGUGGUCAUUUUCUAGUGAACUCUAUGAGUAGAUCUGUUCUUAUGAAAGAUGACUUUAAAUGUUGUAUUACUGAAACACAGAAUAUAAAAUCACAGAAGAUUCACCCCUCAGGGCUCAGUGAUGUGACUAAUUCUAAUGUGGAAAUAUGUGGAUUUAAGGGCAGAGUCUAUCAUUUAACUGAAGAAGAAAAGUGUCAAAAGCUUCAACAUGAAAAUAAAAAAAUUACAGAAGAGCAGCCUGAAAAUAAGUCAAAUACAUGUGGUCAAAACUUUCAAACAGAUUCCUUUUGGUUAGAUCACAAGUGUGCAGCUGUACUGGAUUUGGUCUGUAGUACUCAACAAAUUAAUAUAGGGCCAGAAUCUGUAGGAACAAAAUGUGUGCCAACGGAACAUCACGAAAUACAAAACCAACGUCCGGAAUUCUUUUCUAAUACAGUAGAUAAGCCAAGGUCUGAAGGAGCCGUUAGGAAGGUCCCAAACCUUAAAAUAUCUACUGAUACUGAAUUUCUCAGUAUAAUGACUGCCAGCCAGGUUGCUUUUUUAGCUCAAACGAAGGAUAAAGGGCAGAAUUCUAUAAAUAAAGGGACCAUAAACAUGGAGAUUGAACCAAAGGCAAGUCAUGGGGAAAUAAAAACUGAAGAAAACUCAAUUCAGCCUAAGGGCGACUUUGCAGAAGUAUGCGAAAGUGGACAGAACGAAGCAUAUUCCUUGGAACUUUUCAGUUCUGUUUGUCCUGAAGCAAAAAGUAGCCACAGUCAAAUAAACUCUGAUAAAGGUCUGGAAGAAAAUACAGAAUCUCAAGAACUUUUCAGCGCUGAAGAUAAACUACCACCAAACGAGAUACAUAUUGAGUUGUGUAGCUCAGGAAUACUGUGUUCCCAACUAAAUACCUUUCACAAAAGUGCUGUGAAAAGAAGUUGGACCUCUGAAGAGAAAUCAGGCCAUUUUAAAACUCUAUGUAAAGUCCCCCACGUAUCUAAGAAAAUGAAGCUAAUUUCUAAUGUAAGAGAUUCUGCCGUAGCAUUGGACCGGAGGAAUGUGUCAGAAUUUAAGGGUAUUAAAAAAACAUCAUUAAUAAAAAAUUGUCAUUCUAAAAGUCAGAAGUAUAAUUGUUUAGUUCUGGUGCUAUCUCCAUGUCAUGUGAAAGAAAUAAACAUAAAAUCUGGACCAAAUUCUGGCUCUAAAGUGCCCUUAGCAACAAUUGUAGUAAUUGACCAAUCAGAAAUUAAGAAGAAGGUUUUCCUGUGGAGGACUGCAGCGUUUUGGGCACUUACAGUGUUUCUCGGAGAUAUAAUUUUACUCACAGAUGUUACUAUCCGUGAGGAUCAGUGGGUUGGUGAGACAAUACUGCAAUCAACAUUUACCAGUCAGCUAUUAAAUCUUGGGAGUUAUUCAUCUGUCCAGCCUGAAGAAUGUAAGAUUUUGAAUGUAAUCAUUUUGAAUGUAAUCAUUUCUUAG